CGCUACUGUUUUCUAGCUUUACUCGAGCUCUCCUCCAAUUACUAACAGCUUGUGCCAGUAUCUUGUGUUUUAAUUGGUCAAUAUGCGUUUUAGUCAGCCAAUCACCACGCACUGUAUUUAGUAGCGACACAUACUUGUUCCUAUUAGCGGUGUGUUGAAGGAAGAACCUGUGGGAACCAUGGGGGUGCUGUCCACACUAAUGAGGGGUCUGGUUCGAGGUGCGGACAGGAUGUCUGAGUUCACCAGUAAGCGUGGCUCCAAGACUCAUAACAAAGGCAGAGGCUCCCGGCCCGCGGGACUGAGGCUCUCCAGCAGAAAGUUCCUGUCCGUUCGGACCAUGAUUCCUGAGUUCGUGGUGCCCCAUCUGGAGGGAUUCAAGCUGAAACCGUACGUCUCAUACCGGUCACCGAGGGGGACAGAUCCUCCGCUGACAGCACAGAGUUUAUUUGAUCAGGUUGUAGCCCCUCAGAUCAGAAAAGACUUUGAGGAGGGCACAUUCAGCAGAGAUCAGCUGGAGAAAUAUGGAUUUGAACCCACACAAGAAGGGAAGCUGUUCAAGCUGUAUCCUAAGAACUAUGUGCGUUAAUGACUGUGUUUGGCUUCAGGAACAUCACGGAUGGAACUGGAAAUUUGUCAUUUAUUAGAAGUGUUGAAAAAUCUGCAAAUAAAGUUGAUGAGCUACUCAGCACAAGGGUUAAGCCAGAAUAUCAUUUAUGUCAGAGUUAAAUGUCCGUCCUAAUAUUGGAAAACACCUCUAAGCGUUUCAGAAACAACUGGUGGAGGAUGUUUGUCACACAUUUCCCUAGGAAAAACGUACCUGGAGUGACCCAUUGUUGCAUUAAACUGACUAGUCUGGCUUGGUAAAAUAAAGCUAGAUAAAACUCGUGUA